UUUACACCAUACAGUACUCCGUACCUCGAUUCUUUACCUCUACAGCACUCAUUGGCGGGUUACUUGGCUGCUCAUACCAGGAGACAGCCAUCUCCUCACUUCAGCACCAGCAUCACAAAGCUUUUUCCUUAUCAACCCCGGUCGGCCCCCCUGAGUUGGUGAUAAGACAAACGGACUUUCCUUCUCCCGAUGCAUCCCUGUGGGCUGUAACGUCAUCUAGACGCAGCGCAGCGCCCUCUCUGAGUCAACUCUUUCCUUUACUUCUUCACAUUGUUGAUGACGGGACCGGAGAAGCCUUCUUGAAAUCAUCCAUUGGCCAGCCAUAUCGUUGUUGCACGAGAAAUAUCCCUGCAGAUCCAGCACUCGAUCCUAGAAUGGCUUCAGGGGAGUCAACCAGGUCCAGGGUCACCCCAUACCUGGUCUAUCUCGUGUUUAUCACGACUUUGGGACCGCUGCAAUUCGGCUAUCACCUUGCUGAACUGAAUGCACCCCAAGCCGUGAUUACUUGCGAGCAGAAGAGUAUCCAUGCCUCGACGAACGCGCCCUCACUUCCACAAUGCAUCCCUAUGAACCCUUCCCAGUUCGGUCUGGUAUCAUCAAUUUACACCCUUGGUGGUCUAAUUGGAGCUCUGCUGGCAGGACCAGUAUCCACCAAGCACGGUCGCUUAUUUGCUCUACGGGCCACGACUAUCUUUCAUAUCUUGGGCCCCAUCGCUGAGACCUUUGCAUCGAAUAUACCAUUGCUAAGUUUCGGCCGGCUCCUUUCGGGAGUCGGUUCCGGUGCUGCUAUCGUCGUCGGUCCAAUUUAUGUUUCCGAAAUAGCCCCUCCUGCUGCAAGGGGCUUCUUCGGCGCUUUCACACAAGUCAUGACGAACGUUGGGAUCCUGCUCACCCAGACUCUGGGGUACUUCCUGAGUUAUGGGAGCGUGUGGAGAACCAUUCUUGCGGCCGCCGGCUUUAUUGGGGCUCUGCAGCUUUUGGGUCUUUUUCUGGUUCCUGAGAGUCCUACCUGGCUUGCUGAGCAUCAGAAAGGCAGUUUGGCUCGAAAGGUACUCCAGCGCUUGCGCGGCAAAAAUGCCGAUAUUGAAGAGGAGGUCAAGAGCUGGUCCAACUCCUCCGUUGACGCUGCAGAUGACUCGGGAGAGGAGCAGUCGCUGCUCACACCACCAUCGAGCAACAUGCCUCCCAAACAACCGCCAGUGACCAUUCUUAGAGCUAUCACAGACUCCUCCUACCGACCAGCGAUCAUUGCCGUCGUUGGCGUGAUGAUUGCCCAACAAUUCACCGGGAUCAACAGCAUCAUUAUGUACAGUGUUUCUCUCUUGCAGAGCAUCCUGCCUACAACUGCAGCUCUUUUGGCAGUAGCCAUCUCAGCUAUAAACUUGGUCAUCACCCUUGCCUGUACUCCUCUGCCCGACAAGAUCGGCCGAAGAAAGUGUCUCUUGCUGAGCAUCAGCGGGAUGGGGAUCACCUCCUUGCUAUUGGCCGUGGGUAUCUACACCAGCCAGAAGGCCCUGUCUGCAGUUGCCGUGCUGUUGUUUGUGGCCUGUUUCGCUGUCGGCGUGGGCCCUGUGCCGUUCAUCCUUGCUUCUGAGCUGGUCGGUCAAGAAGCUGUGGGUGCUGCACAGAGCUGGGCCCUUGCGGCCAAUUGGGUUGCGACAUUCAUUGUGGCGCAAUUCUUCCCCGUCCUGAAUCAAGCUCUGGAUCGAGGCAGGAUAUACUGGGUCUUCGCAGCUAUGGCUCUUCUCUCCGGCGCGUUCAUUUACUGGCGAGUGCCUGAAACCAAGGGCAAAGCCAGCUCUGAUGAGGUUUGGGGUCGGGAUAAUCGACGAAGAAUGGACUAAACUCAAAUCGUAGCCGUAAUUGUUCUUUUUUGUUCUUGCACAAAUUCUUGGAAAGAGUCGAUGGUGUGAAACAGAUUAGGACCUGGAAAGUCGAGAUCCCCCAUCUACUUUUGCUGAGCUCCGAUACAUCUGUAGUGCAAUACGAAAUGACUUUCGAUAUAAAGAUGUCAACGCAGACUCUUGCAUACCGCCACAAAUUAUGUGUCACUCUUGGCACUAAGGGGUAAGCUAGGAUUGGAAAGGCGAUUGGUGAAGCCUGAUUGCGAUCAGCAUUACGACGGUCCAGCAGCUUCCUGCACAAUGGACUGUGCAUUGAUCUUGACCGGCGGAUGCUGAGAGCAUCAAAUCUGUCACAUUCAGCUGAGCCCCCUAUUUUCGGCUGGAUUUUGUUGGCCGCAGGAUGGCAUCCAGGCGGACCCCAAUCAUAUAUAUACGCGAAUGGGGGAGAUCACGUCUCAGGUUUGAAACACGAAAAAUUGAGAGGGCGGACAAUUCU